GGUUGUCGUGACUCGUCCGAGAGGCGAGAUGUGGGCAUUAUUCGUUGUUUCUUAGCGAUGCGCGAACUCUAAGAAUAUUUGCUAAGUAUUCAAGGAUAAUUCGUUUUUAUCUAUUAAACGGUUAAGUUUGUAACGUGUAAGUUUGUGUUCCGUGCCUUUAGCUUAUGUAUCAUUGAUAAGUAUCUCAGGUAGGUCGCAUUGGAAGGAAGAUGACUGUUUUUAUCUACGAGAGUGUUGUGAUUUCCGUAUGAGUAUAUGUUAUUCACAAUGACUACCUAUACUAGAUCAGCUGGUGUCACAUUAAAGCCAAUUGAAGUACCUAAACCUCUGCAAGAUGGAGAAAAAUUCAUCAAAUGGGAUGAGGAUUCAGGCACGGGCUUACCUGUCACCGUACGAGUGGAUCCAAAUGGGUUCUUUCUCUAUUGGACGGACCAAAAUAUGGAAGUUGAAAUGCUGGACAUUGCAACAAUCCGAGAUGUCCGAACUGGUGGUUAUGCUAAGCUGCCUAAGGAUCCAAAGAUAAGAAACGUGGUACUGAUCGGCUCUCAAGGCUCUCUCGAAGAAAAAACCGUGACAGUCUGCCACGGCGCUGAUUUCGUGAAUAUUACAUUCGUGAACUUCUGUUGCACUAGGAAGGAAAUAGCACAGUUGUGGACAGAAGAGCUGUUCAACUUAGCGUACAAUCUGAACCAGUUCAACAAUCCAACUAUCAAGUUCUUGGAGAAACUUCACACGAAGAUCGUCUUGAAGGCAGAUAAGUCCGGGAAGAUAUUAGUUAAGAACAUCGUGAAGCUGUUCGCGCAAAAUAAAGAAGACAAGAAGAGAGUGGAGAAAGCGUUAAGCGAGUCCGGUCUACCUACGGGAAAGACGGACACCAUCUGCCAAUCUAAGUUCCAAUUUGAAGACUUCUUUGGUUUCUAUAAGAGUCUCACCCAGCGCACCGAAGUACUGAAUAUAUUUAACAAACUUACGGACGGGAAACCUCACCUAUCAGCUACGCAGCUCGUGGACUUCCUCAACGAGGUUCAACGUGAUCCUCGUUUGAAUGAGAUCCUCCACCCUUACGCAGAUAUGCAGAGAGCAAACGACCUCAUCAGGACAUAUGAACAUAAUAAAUACCACCAACAGCGGUCCCAGCUUACUUUUGACGGGUUUUUGAGAUUUCUAAUGUCGGAGGAUAAUCCUAUAGUGGCGCCUAACAAAUUGGACCUCUGUGACGAUAUGGAUCAACCCUUAGCGCAUUACUUCAUAAAUAGCUCACACAAUACCUACUUGACUGGACACCAACUCACUGGGAAGUCCAGCGUUGAGAUCUAUCGACAAUGCCUAUUGGCUGGAUGCAGGUGUGUAGAGCUGGACUUCUGGAAUGGUCGACUAGACGAGCCCGUUAUCUACCACGGCUACACAAUAGUGCCACAGAUCAACGCUCGUGAUGUGCUAGAAGCGAUCGCCGAAAGUGCCUUCAAGACCUCCGAUUAUCCAGUGAUACUGAGCUUCGAGAACCAUUGCAGCCCGCGACAGCAGACGAAGAUAGCAAACUAUUGCAAAGAUAUAUUUGGAGAUAUGCUGCUGGAUAAGCCCUUGGAUUCACAUCAACUUGAGCCCGGGGGAGAGCUCCCACCGCCGUCGAUGCUUAAGAAUAAAAUAAUAAUAAAGAACAAGAAAAAACAUCAUCAUCACCACAAAAAGGAAGAGAUUGUUGUAGUGGUUGAAGAAAGCGAACAGCAAGUGCCCCAGGGUAAUGGAGAAGUGGCGCAUGGAUCGCUAAUUCGACAGGGCUCAAAGGAAUCCAGUGAGACCUCGGAGUCGGAAAGUUCUAGUGAGGAGGAAGCGGGUGGCACAGGAGAAGUGGAGGGGAGUUCAGAGGAAUCGAGAAGAGAGAGUCAUGCUGUGGCAGAAAUUUCUGCUCUUGUCAACUAUGUACAGCCUGUGCAUUUUAGCUCGUUUGAGAAUGCUGAAAAGAAAAAUCGUUUCUACGAGAUGUCAUCGUUCGAUGAGAAACAAGCGACAACGCUACUAAAGGAGCGACCAGUCGAAUUCGUUAAUUAUAAUAAACACCAGUUAUCCAGAGUAUAUCCCGCGGGAACUAGGAUUGUUUCUUCGAAUUUUAUGCCGCAGGUGUUCUGGAACGCAGGAUGUCAAUUAGUGGCUUUGAACUACCAGACAUUAGACCUGGCGAUGCAGCUCAAUCUCGGAAUCUUUGAAUACAAUAAGCGUUGUGGUUACUUGUUAAAACCCGAAUUCAUGCGACGAAAGGAUAGACGUCUUGAUCCGUUCGCAGAAAGUACGGUAGACGGGAUUAUAGCUGGUUCAUUGUCUGUGAGCGUUGUUUCGGGCCAGUUACUGACGGAUAAGCGUUGUGGGACCUACGUAGAAGUGGAUAUGUUCGGAUUACCCGCGGACACGGUCCGUAAGAAGUUCCGUACACGAGUUGUACCUAAUAAUGGCAUCAAUCCAGUAUAUGGUGAUGAACCGUUCGUCUUCAAGAAGGUGGUGUUGCCAGAACUAGCGAUGCUGCGUAUAUCAGCCCACGAGGAAAGUGGUCGGUUGCUCGGCCACCGAGUGUUGCCGGUUCCCGAAUUAUGUCCCGGAUAUAGGCACGUUGGCCUUAGAACGGAGCUAGGACAGCCCACGGGAGCCGCAUUACUUCUGCACGUACAAGUCAAGGACUAUGUACCAGAUCGGUUGUCAGAGUUGGCAGAAGCGUUGGCGAACCCAAUCAAGUACCAAAGUGACAUGGAGAAGAGGGCUCAUCAGCUGUCAGUACUGACAGAAGACACAGAUUCAGAGGAAGCACCGCUUGAUGCAGUUAAGAGACCUGUAUCUGGUGUAUCUGUACCUAGACCAGAGAGCGGGACCGACGUCAGUCCAAAGAAACCAGUUGAAUCAAAGGCAAAUGAUUCCGAUACUCAACCAAACGAAAACGAGAAAUCAACAGAAAAGGACGAGCCACAAAACAAAUGGAAUGGCAGCAGUACAGAGGCGAAUAUUGAAGAUACACUAAAGAACUUGCUUGAGAGCAAAGCGGUCCGUGAGAAGAGAGCUGAACUUGGACGAAAAUUGGAUGCAUUAAGAAAGAAACAGACUAGAGGAAAACCCGGUGCCACCAAAUUUUUCACUAAGAGAAUAUCCAUUAAGAACUUGAGCGAACAGAGUUUAACAACUGAAGAAGGUAGUACAAUGGAAGGACUGGGCGGCGGCGCGUGCGCAGGUGGCGCUGAAAUAGAACGUAGUAUGAGGUUGCAGUACCACAAUACGAUAUUUGCUACACUUGAGAAGAUGCUGAGGAACGAACACCUUCAACAGAUGAAGGAUCUUACUGAAAGACUUGAAUCAAAGAAGAAAGAGGUAUUAAAUCGCCUGGCGACCUCUCGGAAGGAGGACGUGAAGGCUCUCGCCAAAGCCAAUCGGGACAAAGACGAAAUACUCAGACGGAAAAGAGAAAUACAUUCAGAGUCCGUGAAGCGGGGUGUAGCGGAAUGUUCCAAGCUGGAGAGUGAACACGCCAGACUUCGUGAACAGCUGGUGCAUCAUCACGACAAACUGCGUACUGCUCUACAGAGACACCGAGAACAGGAGUUACUGGAGUUGGAACGACUGUGCGGCAGCGCGCCUGAAGGCUAAGUCGGAAGUCUAACAAUUCUUUUGGCGUUUUGGCGUCCUGGCUUUUGACUAUUAGCGCCCCGGAUUUACGCCUAGACGUACGGGGCCCCGGCGCUUGUGAGGCCCUCAAGACUUAUGUAGCGUUCUCUGAGUGAUCUGAUUAUUCUCCAAGUAUUGGAAUCUUAGCUUUGCCAGUGGGGCUCUAUUCAAGUCGGUUCUGGUAGUUGGGUCCCAUUGUCUUGGCGUGCGAGUGUUGUUUCGUUUAGUAAUCUGUGAUAUUAAAUCCUAAGUAGGGAUGCGUCGUUCGUAUCGAGUUUAACACGCUUUAUAUUUUUUGUCCUGUUUCAUAAUGAAACGUCGUAGAUGACUAAUAUCGCACAAUAGAACACAGAGGUCUUAGUUUUUAAGUCAUUGAUGUGUUGUGGCUUAACUCAAUAUUCGAUACGAUCUCUAUUGUUAUUAGAAUGGUAAAUUUGGUAUUAAUAUUUUUCUGGAACGCAAGCAUUUUAAAUAAUUUAGCAUACUUACAUAAGUAUGAAGUGUAUGACUAUGUGAAGCCUAUAUAUAAAAAAAGGUUAUCACGUGGUUAUGCACGACAUGAUCGCACAAUUUUUGGAUUUUUUUUAAUGGUUGGUUUUAACAAAAUACAAAUUAUUUUAGUUCUUUAAAAUGUUUUAUAUUAAAUUUAAAAAAUCAAGAAUAGUUUAUUAUAUUUAAAAUCAAACAUUCUCAUGUAUGGUAAAUUAGAAUGUAUGAAUUGACUCCUUGGUUCUAUUUAUAAUUUUAUAAUUGCAAUUUUUUGUAUAGAAAAUUAAUAUAAAACAAGACUUCUAUAGAAAAAUUUUCUACUCGUACAAUUUUUUUUAUAUGGAAUCGCGCGUCAUAACAAUAACAUUCCAAUAUUUGUUCUUAAUCUGGCAUUAAUAAGUAUUAGGUCUUCUUUUUCUUCAAUUUCACUGCCUUGGAGUAGAUUUUUAAUCAAAAUAUGUACAUUAUCAAGUAAACAUGCAUAAUAAACUACUAUUUUCCUUAUCUAUAGAUAAUUUACUUUAUAUUUUCAGAAAUCUUGGUAUUAUAAACUUUAAAAAAAAGUAUAUUUCUAAUAAAUGAGUGUGAAGUGCCAUUCUAUCGCCUUUCUGAUAACAUUAUGAACUGACUAACUGUAAAACUUAUUUUCAAUAAUGUAUUUUUCUGAGACUUCUUUAGAUACCUUUACUAUAGAAUUCACGAUUGAAACAGGGAUUCUAAUCCUAUAAAUCUUAUCUUAGAGUGUAUUAAUAUAUAAUAUACAAUAUGUAAUGAAAACCUUGUGAACAUAUUUUAAAAUAAAACACUACUUGUAACUCCAAUAAAAAUUUACAAUUGACGAAUAAAAAUAUAUCGUAUAAAUUGCAGAACAAUGACCCUAAGUUCGAAUUGCGGCGUAGAGAUUUCCAUUUCUAAAGCAUCAUUCGAUUGAGCUAGUGUUUUUGUUACAUAUUGUAAUCAAUUGGUCCUCUUCGCGUAUUUAUGUUGGAAUAUUACACUAACUUACCUCUAUUUUGAAAACGCCACUUUUGUAGAGGUGUAAUAUAAGCAUGUUAUAAAUUUAGUAUUAAAAGUUAAAAGUAGUUUGUGAAUUGCAUCCUAUUCUUGCCUUAAACGAUAUUGGUAAGCGUAAAGUUAACAUGUUGUCUCUUUUUAGCUAUAAUGUCGCUAAUAUAAUGUCUUGAAAAUAAAAUUAGCCAGUUACGUUGUCGAGGUGGGAAUCCUAAUUAAACCUUAGCAUUUGCGCUUCAAUCUAGAAAACUACAAAGGCCUAUACAUAAAAAUGUAGAUUUCUUCCGUUAAUUAGCAACAAGUAGUAUUAUUAUUAUUAAAUUUCGUUUUCAAUAGGGUUCCAAAAUGAAAUCGAUUUACGAGAUUCACUUAUUGUUGCUUAGAAUAUAAUGUAGGUUUUGCGGGAUUGUUGACUUUUAAAUCCUAUUUUCCAGUGUUAAAAUAAACUUAAUUUCUAUUAACGUAUUUAACACCAAUAUAUUCAUAUAACGUAUAAACGUUUUUCCAUGCUUUCUUUAUAUUGCCUUGUAAGUGUAGUUGUAGAUAGCAAAUGUUUUGCUUGUUGCUCGGCUUUGGCAAUCACCUUCUUAUGAACUAUGUUAAGUAAUUUAAGGGUUGUGAAUAAUAGUUAGUAUCGUGUAAUGUUUUCUGAAAGAAUUCCUUCGGUAUAAGUGGAAUAAGCCGUCUAGCUACAUAUAUACUCUAACAUUUAAAACAGUUUUUGGAGAAAUUAUAAACUUUUGUUUUAUACGUAGUUUUACAAUUUUCUGUCCGUCAUUGUGCGAUAUUAUUUGGUGAUUAGAAUGUUAUUUUUCUUUGGGAAAAACAUUACUAAUAUAAAUUAUAUUGAGAUAUGGGAUGUGGGCUUAAUUAUAAUUGCGGUUAAGAUUUACAUGUCUUUUUAAAUAUUAUUAUAACAUUAUUUUUUAAUGUAAACAUAACUAACAUAACAUUUAGAGAGUUGUUAUUUUACUAUACAUUUGUAUGUAAAGUUUUAGUAUUCAGUUUUUGAUUAGAUCUGAUAACAAAAUAACUUAGGGCUGUAUCGUAUCUUAAAUUACAAUCUAGUCUAAAUUCACCGCUCAAGGUUUACUACAAUCUUUGAGAUCCGAAAUAUUAAUGAAUUCGCGUUUCGGUUUUAUCACAUAUUUGGGUACCAACUCGCGAUUGUGUUUAAAAGAAAUAUUAAGGUUGAGAUUUUUAGAGCGCCACAUACUUCUCUCAGGCUUCGCUUACGCCAAACAUGUGAGUUCUUGCUCAGUGUUAUCUAAAGAUUCGCUUAUAGUCCAGGGGACUAAGGAUUCACCGAGUGAAUACUAAGAAAAUUCUUAGGCAAGGUCUUACAACGUUUCUGUUUCAUUUCUUAAAGAGAAACAAGACCAAGAUGUAACAUUAUGUUUGUAAUUUAUACGUUCGUUAUCGAACACAUAUUAAACCACGUUCAGUUUCGCGGUAAUUUGUAGGGAAAGGCCAAAUUAGCCUCUAAGAAGCUUGUGUAGCAAGGCCAGACGGUACUUCCGGGCCACCGCUUGCAACUAUACGUAUACAUUGCUAAUUGGCCCCACGUGGAGUAUUGUUCUCACCUCUGGGCGGGGGCUCCCCAGGGACUCUAUAGCUAUUAAUAUAUAUAGCGACAGCGAUCCAGAUGUUUGUUGAAUGAUGAAAUUAAGUUUUAUGAAUAUAGGUGUCACAACCUUGGGAUCGUACGAUACAAAAUCUCAAAAUAUAGUGUUGGAAUCGAUUUGCUAUUGGAAGUUCUAGGUUAGGUUCGCCUAUCAACUCGCAUCUAAGAUAAAAGGUAGUCAAUGUUCGCGGUCUUCGAUUAUUUCACGUUUAUAUUGCACAAUUGGGCCUAAAAAUGGCAUUAUUAAAGAAAUUGCACAAAUUUAUUAAAAAUUGUUAUUUGCUGAUAGUUUUACAUUGACAGUAUAAUGUAGAAAUGAUAAGAUGAUAUUUUGUAUUUGUUGCAAACAAUAUAUUACUAUGUUAAUAAAACUAAACAAGUACGAAAGAUAGGUAAAAAGAUAAUGUUACUGGCAUAAAACCUUUUAAUAAUCCAGAGUUACGAAAAUUUUCCCAUUUUUAUUUUCAUGUAAUGUUUAAUAUGAAGGGGGAUAUUUACAGAGAAAUUUAAAAAUACUUUUAGUUUUCGUGGAGAUAUUAGUCAUUGUCACUUUGAAAAUAAAGUGGCAGAAUUGCGUGGUAGUCACUCGUUUAUAGUAGGUUUAUAAAUGAUAUCGUGUAUAUUAAAUAAUAAAGAUCACAAUGUUUCAUAGUACAUUCUUUCUAGCAUUUUUAUUCUUCCUGUACGCACUAAAAAUGCCAGUCAAUGGAAUUUUAGACCAAGAGUCUAUAUAUAUUUUGUCUUAUAAACUAUGGUUUGACCGUAGACUGCCUUCAUGUACUUACUGUUAAGUCUAGGCGGCUCUCAUUCACUGAAGUUCUAGUCAUUUAUGUUUGUGUCUGAGAUGCAUGCAUGUGGGUAGACAAUAUGUUAAUCAUUAUGGAUGUUAUCAUGUAAUAGGUGAA